AUGAUAAUGACACAUGAAUUAUUAAAAAGUGUUUACAUAACAAUGCGUGUUUAUGUUGAAGUAGUAAAAACAUCGUCAAUAACAUGGUCCGAAAAAGAUAUUAUUCGUGCGAUUCAAUGGAGCUUUUAUUGUUAUCAAGGCAAUGAAAUACUCAGUCGUAAAGCGUAUUAUUAUGAUUUUAUUUCACAAUGUGAAAAAAUUCGUCAACAUAUUAGUUCUACGAUAAUUCCGAAUGAUUUUAUUCAAAAUGUUCUUGGAUAUUUGCUUAACAAUCAGAAAACAUCGUAUGAAACAUUAUUAGAUUAUUUACGUUCUACUUUAACAUCAACUAGUUCCAUUUCAACGUCAUCUCAUUGUUUAUUUGAAGCUUUAGUCUCUAUUACAGUAAAAUUACCAGCUCAUUUGGAAUUUAUUUUUGAUUUGCUGUAUGAUAUGAGUGCGCAUGAUGAACUAUGUCUACGUAUUGUUGAUUCAAUAUUUAAACAAGAUAUUUCAGGUCAUUUGAUUGUAUUUAACGAAAGUGUGAAAUUUGGUGGUAACAUCAUGCUUUCUACAUUGAAAACAAUAUUUAUUGACGAUCUUGAUGAUAAUACAACUUUACUAUGUCGAACGAAUAACGAAAAUGAUUUGUUAACAAAUAAUUUUGAUGAAGACGAAGAUAUCAACGAUCAGAAUUCUCCAUUUUCUUCAUCGUCUAUCCUUGAUUUAUUUCCACCCAAGACAACAUCAACAUCAUUAGACAAUGAUGAUUUAUUGAUAGUUCAACAGCCAACAUUAUUAUCCGCGUGUACAAGCCACGAUAGUAGUUGUAGCAGUCAUUCAUAUUCCGAAAGUGGUUUUUGUUCAUCAUCAUUAUUAUCAUCAUCUUCAAUUAUUUCUGCUUGUUCUUCUUCACCACCACAAUCCUCAUCACCAUCAAUUUUAAAACGUGCUUCAUCAAUUUCUAUUAUGCCUACAAAUAUUAAUUCAAAUAAUAAUAAUAUUUUAUCUACAAGUUCUCCAACCUGUUCAAAUAUACAUUCAACAUCAUCAUCCCCAUUAACAUCUUACAAUAAUUGUCCAUUACCAAAUCAUUUAUUAAUGAAUGAUUCAAUAUCCUCGUCUUCUUCCUCUUUGUCUCCUCAACAACAACAACAACAUCACGAUCAUAAUAAUAAUAAUAAUAAUAUGCAGAUAUUUCAUUGUUGCCCUUUAUGCAGUAUGGUAUAUAAAAAACAAAAUUCUGCACGUGUUUUACAAUGUUUUCAUACUAUAUGUGAAUCAUGUGUUGAUAAAUUACCUGUAUUAUCAAAUGGAACUAGUGAUGGUGGUAAUGAUAAUGAAAAUGAAAAUUAUCAUGUCAAUUGUCCAUUAUGUGGUCUUAAAACAAUUGUACAAAAUAUAUUACCUGAUUAUACAAUACAUAAUGUAUUAGAAUAUAUGAUGCCAUUAAAUGAAACAACAACACAACAACGUUAUACACCAUGUAAAAAUAUUGAAUCAUUAGGUGGUGUAACAAAAUGUUGUUCAAAUAGUCAGAGAGUUGUAUAUAUAAAAGAAUUUGAAUCAAAUGUUAAUAAUAAUGAUUUACGUCCAUGUAUAAAUCAUAAAAAUGAAUCAUUAAAAUAUUUUUGUUCAACAUGUAACAUACCAAUAUGCAAAGAGUGUACAACAACGGAUCAUAGCCGAAAUCAUGAAUAUAUGCCAUUGAAUGAUGCUGGAUCUCAUCAAGUUGCUAAAUUACAAAAUAUGGUGGAAAAUACACGUUUACGUUUAAAUGAAUUAAAACAUUCACAGAAAACAUUUGAUCGAGCUUAUGGAAUGUUACAGACUCAAUAUCAUAAAGCGCAACAUGAUAUCAAUGAGACAUACAAUUUUUAUCGUCAAUUAAUUGAAGAACGAAAACAUGAAUUAAUAAAAGAACUUGAUAAUGGUUUUACAGAAAAACAAACAAUAUUAACAAGUCAAAUGCAAAAGAUUGAUGAAACAUUGACAAAAGCAAAUCAGCCAUUAGAUUUUUCUGAUCGUUUAUUUAAAAAUUCAUCAACAACAGAAAUUUUAUUAUAUAAAAAACAAUUAGAAAAUAAAUUAAAUACGAUUAUUCAGAUAAUGCCCGAUCCAAAUAUGCAUUCAGCAUUUGAAAUUGAAUUUGUAUCAAAUUUUCAAGCAAUACAAACAGGUGUCAGAAAUACAUUUGGUUAUGUUAGAACAUCACCCGAAAUGGCAACAAAUAAUCAUUAUAAACCACGUCCAAUUGCGCCACCAAUAACAUCAAUGAAUAAUGCCUGUCAUAAUCAUAAUCAUCAUAGUGGCUCUAGUCCAACAAAACUACACCAUCAACAGCAUAAUAAUAACACUCCACAAUCACAAUCACAAUUACAUACAUCAUCAUUACUAAAUGGUCUAGAGAUGCUUACAUUAUCAUCGAAUUUGAAAAAAUAUUCUACACCAACACCGCUCAGUUUUCAAUCGUCAACGAAUGAUAUUAAUCCGUAUGAAUUAUGGUCAACUGGUGGAACUUCAAUAACAUCGCCCAUUUCUGCACCAUCAGUACCAACUUUACCAUCGUUGCCUCCUCUAUCAUCUUCGGCAUCAACAAAUGGUACUACGGAUCUUGGUGUUGAUAUGGUAAUGGAUAGUCUUUCAAAUCUGGACUAUUCAACACUUCCACAGCAUUUAAUGUUACCAUCAAGACCAAAUGGUUCAUUAAAACGACAUAAAAUGAUAUAUCAUUUAAAAUUUGGUGAAUUUGGUGUAAUGGAAGGACAAUUUACUGAACCAUCUGGUAUAGCUGUCAAUGGUCAAGGUGAUAUUAUUGUUGCUGAUACAAAUAAUCAUCGAAUUCAAGUGUUCGAUAAAGAUGGACGAUUUCGUUUUCAAUUUGGUGAAUGUGGUAAACGCGAAGGUCAAUUGUUAUAUCCAAAUCGCGUUGCUGUUUUUCGACAAUCAGGUGAUAUUGUUGUCACUGAAAGAAGUCCUACACAUCAGAUACAAAUCUAUAAUCAAUAUGGACAAUUUAUAAGAAAAUUUGGUGCAAAUGUUUUACAACAUCCACGUGGAGUUUGUGUGGAUAAUCGUGGUCAAAUCAUUGUUGUAGAAUGCAAAGUGAUGAGAAUAUUUAUUUUUGAUUGUAAUGGAAAUGUAUUGAAUAAAUUUACAUGUUCAAAAUAUUUAGAAUUUCCAAAUGGCGUAUGUUGUAAUGAUAAACAAGAAAUAUUUAUCAGUGAUAAUCGGGCACAUUGUAUUAAAGUAUUUUCUCAAGUAGAUGGACAGUUUUUGCGUACAAUCGGUUCAGAAGGUAUAACAAAUUAUCCAAUUGGCGUUGUUAUUAACAGUCAUGGUGAUGUAUUGGUAGCUGAUAAUCAUAAUAAUUUUAAUAUAACAAUAUUUGAUCAAAAUGGAAAUUUAAUAAGCGCAUUAGAAAGUAAAGUUAAACAUGCGCAAUGUUUUGAUGUUGCCCUGAUGGAUGAUGGUUCUGUUGUAUUAGCCAGUAAAGACUAUCGAGUCUAUGUUUAUCGUUAUUUGACAACACCUGGUACAAAUGGUGUAACAACAGCCAUUACAAAUACCACAAAUUCUUCAUCGCCUGCCUCACCUAUUUCAUCAUCAUCAACAACACCACAAAUUACUUGUACAUCUCCAAAUCAACAAAAUCAAAUUGAUCAAAUUCAACAAACGUUAUCAACUUCAAAUGGGUAUUGUUAA